AUGCAAAUAAUCAAAAUGAUCAGCAAAAUAAUCUUAGUACUUGCGUCUUUUGUAUUUUGUGUGCAGUGUCAAGUACCAUUUUUAGGAACAUGUCCAGAAGUAAAAGUCGUGCAGGAUUUUGAUAUAACAAAGUAUGUUGGAAAAUGGUAUGAAGCAGAAAGAUAUUUUGCAGUUUUUCAAUUUGGAGGAAAAUGCGUUACGGCUACAUACAAACUAUCACAUGAAAACUCAACCAGUUCAAUAAAGGUCACAAACAGGCAGAUUGGAACAAUAACAGGAAUCAGCACGGAGAUUGAAGGAUAUGCUAAACUCGGAAAUGCUAGAAGCACUGAAGGCAAACUUAAAGUUACUUUUCCAUCCUUACCAGUCGACUUUGAUGCACCGUAUUGGGUCUUAGGAACAGAUUAUGAAAAUUUCGCUGUUGUAUGGUCUUGCAACGAUCUAGGAUUUUUGAAUACAAGAAAUGCUUGGAUAUUAACAAGACAAAGGAAAGCUUCUGUGGAAAUUAUGAAAAAAGCGUACGCUAUAAUUGAUGAAAAUAAAAUAACAAGAGCUUAUUUCAUCCGCACGAACCAGCAGAGUUGUCCCAGCCAGUAUUAA